AUGCACAAGUUUUGUAAUCCUGGAGAACAUGGUGAAAAUAUUUCUUACUGGCAUUCUGUGACUACAAGUGAAGGUUCUACUUCUAGUGAUUCUUCAACGAAACAGGGCAGGCCAAGAAUACUUCAUCCCAAGGAUGAACUAUUUAUAACAUUGUGUAGGCCGAGGCAAGGGUUCCCUGAAGAACACCUUGCACAUUUGUAUGGGUUGUCUCAGAGCACCAUUAGCAGAAUUAUUGUUAUUUGGGUGAAUUUUCUAUAUCUGAAACUUAAGGAUGUACCAAUGUGGCCUUCUCAGGAGUUAGUGGAUAAAUAUAUGCCAGAGCAAUUUAAGAAAAAUUUCCCUCGAUUAGAGUGA